AUGAGGAGGGACGUGAACGGAGUGACCAAGAGCAGGUUUGAGAUGUUCUCAAAUAGUGAUGAAGCUGUAAUCAAUAAAAAACUUCCCAAAGAACUCCUAUUACGGAUAUUUUCUUUUCUGGAUGUUGUUACCUUAUGUCGCUGUGCUCAGGUCUCCAGGGCCUGGAAUGUUCUGGCUUUGGAUGGCAGUAACUGGCAGCGAAUUGACCUGUUUGAUUUCCAGAGGGAUAUUGAGGGCCGGGUAGUGGAGAAUAUUUCAAAAAGGUGUGGGGGCUUUUUACGAAAGUUAAGUCUUCGUGGGUGUCUUGGAGUAGGAGACAAUGCUUUAAGAACCUUUGCACAAAACUGUAGGAACAUUGAAGUACUGAAUCUCAAUGGGUGUACAAAGACUACAGAUGCUACAUGUACUAGCCUUAGCAAGUUCUGUUCCAAACUCAGGCACCUUGACUUGGCUUCCUGUACAUCAAUAACAAACAUGUCUCUAAAAGCUCUGAGUGAGGGAUGUCCACUGUUGGAGCAGUUAAACAUUUCCUGGUGUGACCAAGUAACCAAGGAUGGUAUCCAAGCUCUAGUGAGAGGCUGUGGAGGUCUUAAAGCCUUAUUCUUAAAAGGCUGCACACAGCUAGAAGAUGAAGCUCUCAAGUACAUAGGUGCACACUGUCCUGAACUGGUGACUUUGAACUUGCAGACUUGCUUACAAAUCACAGAUGAAGGUCUCAUUACUAUAUGCAGGGGGUGCCAUAAGUUACAGUCCCUCUGUGCCUCUGGCUGCUCCAACAUCACAGAUGCCAUCCUGAACGCUUUAGGUCAGAACUGCCCUCGGCUUAGAAUAUUAGAAGUGGCAAGAUGUUCUCAAUUAACCGAUGUAGGCUUUACCACUCUGGCCAGGAACUGCCAUGAGCUUGAAAAGAUGGACCUGGAAGAGUGUGUUCAGAUAACAGAUAGCACAUUAAUCCAACUUUCUAUACACUGUCCUCGACUUCAAGUAUUGAGUCUGUCUCACUGUGAGCUGAUCACAGACGAUGGAAUUCGUCACCUGGGGAACGGGGCCUGCGCCCAUGACCAGCUGGAAGUGAUUGAACUGGACAACUGUCCCCUAAUCACAGAUGCAUCCCUGGAGCACUUGAAGAGCUGUCACAGCCUCGAGCGGAUAGAACUCUAUGACUGCCAGCAAAUCACGCGGGCUGGAAUCAAGAGACUCAGGACCCAUUUACCCAAUAUUAAAGUCCACGCCUACUUCGCACCUGUCACUCCACCCCCAUCAGUAGGGGGCAGCAGACAGCGCUUCUGCAGAUGCUGCAUCAUCCUAUGA